AAGGUUAUACAGCCCAACUCGAACAAUUCUGCAAAGUCUUCAACUUCAAAAAGUUUGGCUUUAAGAGGUAAAACUAUAGAAGAACUUCUUCAGCAAAAAUUAUCCCUAAUAGUAAACACACCCCUAUUUUUGCUUCUGUCAUAGUUUAACCGCUUUGAAGGAAAGUUCUGAUGUAAUGUUUCGAAACAUGGUUAGGUCGGACGGUUUUACUGUAGACUUUUUGUUCAGCCGCAAAAAGAAAACAAAAGAAGACAUGAUCAUUCAUAAUCACACCUUGACUUUGGAAGAUUUUUCUUAUGACAAAGUACAAGACAAUUACAGACCCGCUUUCCUUGAUCCAGGGCGAAGAUCUGUCUUCACAGCGGCAAUCGGACUAGACCGUAACAAACAUCAAGUACGCAGCUGCUCUACCAAGGAAUAUUAUCAUAUGACCAGAAGUACCAGAUACGCUGCUAAAAACAUGUUGGCAAUUGGCGUUUCGAUCUGGAAGUCAACGGGAAGACCUGCAAAGUUUUCUAGAAAACCAAAGUCACCCGCAUCAACCACUUAACCCCAUCCUCUAAUCGCCAGCACGAGGCUGGUUUGAUUUUUACAGUUAAAAAAUUGUAGCAUAAAACAGAACAUAGUGUG